CCGCGGCGCCAUGGCUCACGUCGGCUCCCGCAAGCGCUCGAGGAGUCGCAGCCGGUCCCGGGGGCGCGGAUCGGAAAAGAAAAGGAAGAAGAGCAGUAAGGGCUCCUCCGGGAAGUGCUCGGCCUCUGAGUCCCGCGGUCGCAAAGCCAGCACCAGCUGCGGGGCGGAGGAGAGAAGCAAGCACAAGGCCCGGAGGAGACCACGGUCCAGCUCCUCCUCCUGUCCUUCCAGUUCUUCCAGCUCUUCCUCCUCCUCGUCCUCCUCCUCCUCCUCGUCCUCCAGUGCUGGCCGGAAGAAGCGAGGGAAGCACAAGGACAAGAAGCGGAAGAAGAAGAAGAAGCUGAAGAAGAAGGGCAAGGAGAAGGCAGCGGUGCCGCAGGCUGAGGCCCUGCCGGGCCCCUCGCUGGACCAGUGGCACCGAUCCGCCGGGGAGGAAGAGGAAGGCCCAGUCCUGACCGACGAGCAGAAGUCCCGCAUCCAGGCCAUGAAGCCCAUGACCAAGGAAGAGUGGGAUGCCCGGCAAAGCGUCAUCCGCAAGGUGGUGGACCCCGCGACAGGACGCACCAGGCUCAUCAAGGGAGACGGCGAGGUCUUGGAGGAAAUCGUAACCAAAGAGCGGCACCGGGAGAUCAAUAAGCAAGCCACCCGCGGGGACGGCCUGGCCUUCCAGAUGCGAGCCGGCCUGCUUCCCUGAGGGCCCGGCUGGCCGAGGCUGGCACUGCUGUGGAUGCUGUUUGCCCUCCGUCAGACUGCCCUCUGGCCCAGCCCAGCCUCACGUGCAGGGGGCGAUGGGUCACUGGCCUGCUUUGCAUCCCUGUAUAGCGGGGUGCAGCUUCCCAGAAAUAAACGCUCCCUGGCUGGAGACCGGCCCUG